AGGAUUGGUUAUCUUUACCUAUCGUUCGAUCUUUCUAUAAUGGAGCCUUCAGAACUGACUUUUUCAUCAUUAUUACUCGCUGCGUUUGGGUCAAGUUCAUAUGUAGUCGGUAUGGUCUUAGUCGGAUAUUUAGGCGUAAAGAGUGGUAUCCUUACUCCAACGAUAAAAAAGAUACUUGCGAAACUAGUUUUGAAUCUAUUUCUUCCUUGUCUCUUAUUUUCUCAAAUUGGAGGUACUAUAGAUUUAGAAACAAUAAUACAAAUAUGGCCUUUACCCGUAUUCUGUGUGUUAUUCGCAAUAUUAAGCGGAUUUCUUGGAAAUUUUGGUGGAAAUAUAUUAAACUUAUCCAAAUCAAAAAAGAAAUUUAUAAUGUCGACCAUAAUAUUUAAUAAUAUAACGGCAGUGCCAGUAG